GCUCCCGGAGUCCAUGCACUCAGGAGACAAGAUGGCGGCAGGAACAGUCGAGGUGAUGAAUCCUCCUGCCAAAAAGUAUGGCUCGGUGGUGAUCACGUUGAACAACGUGCUCAUCCCGCAGGACAAGCUGUCGCCGAGCCCGUCGCAGCAGGACGGCCUCGACCCGGAGAUCGAGAUGGACCUGAGGAUCCUGGGCUGCGAGUUGAUCCAGACGGGGGGGAUUCUCCUCAAGUUACCUCAGAUGAUUGCUCUUAUCGUAUGGUAAAGAGAAGAAAAGGAUUGCAUAAUACGAGUAAUCGUGCUCCCAGUAUGCGCCCGGCCCACACCCGAGGUGAACUGGGUAUGAGUGGGACUCGUGGACACAGAGAUGACUGGAAAAUAAAUUGAAGUGGAAUGCUGAGCUCGGUUGCACAUUCUCAGAACCCUAGUGUCUAAUAUCCGGAGAACGCCUUCGCAUAUCGGCAUGAACUUUCAUGACGUGUGUGGGGUUGUGCUAAGAAGACCCCCUGUUGUUGUUGUUGAAUACGGCAGUUUUCACUGGACACUGCUGGACAACUUAAUUGAUGCAGGACUCUUGAAGAAUGGGACCAUUGGUUGGACCUAAAGCUGCACUUGUCAAACUUCCUCUCCAAACCUUUGCAAAUGUGAAGCUGUGGUAGAGAAAGCUCAUGACGAAGAUCCAGUUUUGGAAUGGUCUUCUAAGUUAUGAUGAAGAUAACUAUAGAUUUUCUAAUAUAUUCUUUAUUGUAGCUGUGAUUGGUCUUUGCCAAAUGUCACAUUCCAGAAACCCCAUAGCAUUUUGUAUGCCUCUAGUCCUUUCCUAGGAGUUUUGAAAUGAGGAAUUGGAAGAAAGAGCUGCCAAUUGAUGACUUCUAUAAAAUUUUGACAGUGCAUUGCUAAAUUUGUUAAAUCAAGCAAGCAAUAUAGUACGGCACAAAGAAUUUGAUUAAAACUCGAGGCAUUGCCCCACAGCCGAAGGAACCUGCAUUCGUUUUGACUGGUCGUAAAUAUUACAUAUUCUAAAUGUGAUUAGGCAUUGAAGACUGAAAUGGGAGAGAAAAUGUUUGCCGUGUAGGUACCCGAAUGGCCGCCUGGUUAUGGAAGGUGCUUUGACUUCAUUGCAAUUGGUUUUAAUUCAGAGUUGCAAUGGCAGCUGGUCAAGUACUCUUCCAAAGGUUUUACUAUGCAAAGUCGAUGGUUAGGUACCCCAUGGAGACUACUGCUAUGGCAUGCAUUGCUCUGGCCUCCAAGAUUGAAGAGGCACCUCGCAAGAUAAGGGAUGUCAUCAAUGUCUUCAAUCAUGUUAGACAAGUAAAGAAUGGAAAGACCAUUCAACCUGUGAUUCUAGACAGCAACUACAUAGCCCUCAAGAAUCAGAUCAUCAAAGCCGAGCGCCGACUUUUAAAAGAACUGGGAUUCUGCUGUCACGUCAAGCACCCUCACAAGAUCAUUAUCAUGUACCUGCGUCUGCUGGAGGUGGAUGAGAACCGGCGGCUGGCCCAGUCUUCAUGGAACUACAUGAAUGAUGCCCUACGGACCGAUGUGUUUGUUCGCUACAAUCCUGAAACGAUUGCCUGUGCCUGUAUCUGGCUUGCUGCUAGGUUAUUGAAGGUGUCCUUGCCUGAGCAACCUCCUUGGUACUUGGUGUUAAGAGUAUCUCAAGAGGGCAUUGAAGAUGUAGCAGCUUCUAUACUUAGACUCUAUACUAGGAAAAAGGUUAAACUAGAAGUCUUGGAAACCAAAGUUGAAGAGAUCCGCAGGGAGCAACAAGAGGCAAGGUUACGCAGCAAAGCUGUGGCAUCAUUGACAACUCCGCUGACAAACACACACUUCAGUCCUGUAUCCCAUAAUAAUUCUCCAAACAAAACUUCGUCACCAGGGCGUAAACGUUCUUCUUCUCCAGACAGAAAUUCGGGAAGAAAACGAAGCGGAAGUAGUGGUAGCCGAUCUAGAAGCCGGAGCCGUAGCCACUCGAGAUCAUCACACCGUCGCUCUCGCAAAAAGCAGCGCCGUGGCGAUUCCCGAUCCUCUCGUUCCCAUUCCAGAUCUCGAUCAAGGUCCCGAACUCGAUCACGGUCCCACUCCCGAGAUAAACACAGAGGUAACAAAAAAUAUUCUCGGACUCCAUCGCCAACCGUGACUCCGCCUCCACGUUUUACGAAGAACAAAGACAAGGGGCUGAUUGUUAGAUCAAGAUCCCGUUCUCACUCAAGGUCACCCCAGAGAAACUAUGAAAAGUAUGAUAGAUAUGAGAAGUACGAAAAAGCGGAACGUUACUCCAAGGGUGGUGAUAGAUAUGAAAAGAACGAUAGAUAUGUGAGAGACGACAAAAUGAACAAAUACGAAAACAAAGAAAAGGUCGACAAGUAUGCUAAUAAGUAUGGCAACAAGUUUGAUAGAUACGAUGUUGAUAAGAAGAAGUAUGAGAGAGACGAUAAAAAAUAUUAUGACAAUGGCUUUGGAAAGCCUCACAAAGCCAAGAAAAAUGGACGCCACAGAUCUAGGUCCCGAGAUAGGCGGCGAUAGUCUCUACAGAGUUGUGUGAACGUGGAGCAGCUCAUGUUGGAGGUCAAUAGAGAAUGACUUCUCUUAAACGCCCAGGGAUAUUCAGAUUACCUGAAACUUCACAAAUUGAAUUUUUGCAUAACCCAUACAAGUUUCUGUGUGUUAUAUUUUGAAGCCAUACACAGUUUUGAUGUACAAGAGACUUUAUAAAUGUAUAUAUGUAUAUAGAGAAAUAUAUAUAUGUUCAGUUCUGUACCAAUCAGUUGGAAUGAGCACCCUCCUACACCUGUAUGAAAAAAAUGACCUUAAAAUCUAACUCUCCGUGACAAAAAUUGGUAUAUUAUUGAGCCAAUAGAGGAGUAGUAGUAGUAGUCUGGAGGUGUUGAUGUUUGCUCAUAUUGAGCAGCUGCAGGCAGUUGUAUUGUAGGGAGAUAGAUGGUCAGUAUAGCAUAUAAAUUUGCCAUUACUUGUAUGCUGUAGAUGAGGUCCUGUAGGUUCAUCUCCAUUUCCACUUUGUAAUUGGAUGUAUUCAGUUACCUUAAGAGCUUUCUGAAAGUUGUAAGGUGGGACUAAUAAUUCCAAAUGGUGUUUACCACGUGUAUAGGAAUUGUGCUCCUUGGCGUAUUUCAUUUGCAAUAGUAAUCUUGAUAAUCAUUCCUAGAUAAAAUUAAUGUUUCUUGAAAAUAAUUAAGGCAGUGACCUUUAGAUCUAAUUCGGUAAAAUAGAUUGAAAUGGGUCUCUUCAUAUAGGAAUUUUUGUUGCCAAGUAAUUCAGCUGUGCACUACACUGUUGUGGAAUAUUUUGUUUGUGUAAGUGGUUGUUGAACGCAGUUUGUAAUUUUAUCACUAGGCAGAAAAACUUUCAGUGUAUACAAAUGACACAAUUUACCCUACAACUUCGUGCAAUUUAAAUAAACUGAUUGGAAGAGGAUUGUUGGACUAAGACAUACUCUGUUUCAAGGUUACUGCUCGUGAACUAAACUGAAACUAAACUAAACAAGCCAAUUCCACUUUAAUUUUCUCUAGGUUACAUUUGCAAAACGUUUAUCAAUGGAUGUAGUGUGGUUAAAGUUGGCCGUCAGGUGUGGGUUGUGAGGAAGUCUUUAAAAGUAACCUUGGAACAGAUUGUGUGUUUUUCUACAUUUUAUAUUUUAAGUAAUUAAGGUGAUAAAUAAAAAAAAUAGGUUACCAAAAAUUUUAGAGUAUGAAAUAUGUAUUUUCUGAUACUUGCUGAAAUAAGUUUAACUUGGUUAAAUAAACUGUGAUGUGUAUAUAUUAUUAAAACUUUGCUAAGUACCACAUAAAUUUGUCUUAAAAAACAUGUAUAUUCACACUCAUGUAGUUGGAAUAUAAAUUAUUUUUUAUAAA